GCCGGGGCCGCGGCGAUGGCCGGGCCGGGGGCGCUGCUGGCGCUGGUCGCGGUGCUGGUCUGCGGGGCGCUGCUGGGCGCCGAGGCCCAGGAGCCCGGGGCGCGCGCGGCGGGCGCGGGGCGGCGGCGGCGGCUGCAGCGCGAGGACGGCGUCUCCUUCGAGUACCACCGCUACCCCGAGCUGCGCGAGGCGCUGGUGGCCGUGUGGCUGCAGUGCACCGCCGUGAGCAGGAUCUACACGGUGGGGCGCAGCGCCGAGGGCCGGGAGCUGCUGGUCAUCGAGCUGUCUGACAACCCCGGGGUCCAUGAGCCUGGUGAGCCUGAGUUUAAAUACAUCGGGAACAUGCAUGGGAAUGAGGCUGUCGGUCGGGAACUGCUCAUUUUCCUGGCCCAGUACCUGUGCAAUGAAUACCAGAAGGGGAACGAGACCAUCGUCAGGCUGAUCCACAGCACCCGCAUCCACAUCAUGCCUUCGCUCAACCCCGACGGCUUCGAGAAGGCGGCGUCCCAGCCUGGUGAGCUCAAGGACUGGUUUGUGGGUCGGAGCAACGCCCAGGGCGUAGACCUGAACCGGAACUUCCCUGACCUGGAUAGGAUCGUUUAUGUGAAUGAGAAGGAAGGUGGUCCAAAUCAUCAUCUGCUGAAAAAUCUCAAGAAAAUUGUGGAUCAAAACACAAAGCUUGCUCCUGAGACCAAGGCCGUCAUCCACUGGAUCAUGGACAUCCCCUUCGUGCUCUCUGCCAACCUGCACGGGGGAGACCUGGUGGCCAAUUACCCCUAUGAUGAGACGCGGGGCGGUGGUGCCCACGAGUACAGCUCCUGUCCGGACGAUGCCAUUUUCCAAAGCCUGGCUCGAGCUUACUCCUCCUUCAACCCGCCCAUGUCUGACCCCAACCGGCCGCCGUGUCGCAAGAACGAUGACGACAGCAGCUUUGUCGAGGGGACGACCAAUGGUGCUGCUUGGUACAGCGUGCCUGGCGGCAUGCAAGACUUCAAUUACCUCAGCAGCAACUGCUUUGAGAUCACCGUGGAGCUCAGCUGUGAGAAGUUUCCACCUGAAGAGACACUGCAGAGCUACUGGGAGGAUAACAGAAACUCACUCAUCAGUUACCUGGAGCAGAUACACCGAGGGGCUAAAGGGUUUGUCCGAGACCUUCGAGGCAACCCGAUUGCCAAUGCGACCAUCUCUGUGGAGGGCAUAGACCAUGAUGUCACGUCUGCGAAGGAUGGCGACUAUUGGCGGCUGCUGGUGCCUGGAAACUACAAACUUACAGCCUCAGCUCCCGGCUACCUGGCGGUUACAAAGAAGGUGGCAGUCCCUUACAGCCCUGCAGUCGUGGUUGAUUUUGAACUGGAGUCAUUUUCUGAAAGGAAAGAAGAGGAAAAGGAGGAGUUGAUGGAAUGGUGGAAAAUGAUGUCAGAAACUUUGAAUUUUUAAGAAGGCUUCUGUUCAGCUACUUUUAAUCUAUAUAUAAUGUAGGUGAUGCAAUGUGGCCAUUUUCUUUUAGAUUUUGUGCAAGUUAAUAUUUGACAUUGAUUUACUUUAAAAUCAUCUAAAUAUUAAUAGACAUGACUUAAAAUAAAUAUUAGACUUACAGGUAAACAUAUAGGAACUUAUACUGGUUUUUCUCUUAUAUAACAUCCAUUUUCCUAUAUAUAGUCACCAAGGACUAAAAAAGAUUUAAGCAAUCUUGCCAUCUUAGACUUAAAGGCAAUAUUCCAUGUGUUACUUACAAUAUAGAAGUUUUUGAGUAAUUCUCGCUUUUAAAAAUUAAUGAAGUCCUUUUAACAUAAGCAUUGACAGUGUCACGUAAUGAAUGCUAUUGGAAGAGUCAACGGCAGCAGCCUGACGCUGGGAGCACAGCGCACUGCAAGACUUAAAUAGUGUGAAUUGUCAUUCGUCUCAUGCGCUGACUAGCUGCAUGGCAUGAUCUUGUUAAUGCAUUUUUUGAUGGAAGAAGAUGCAAAUGUUUAGCAAGAGGUUUUACGAAAGGAACGGAAGCUGACUUUCUGCUUGUACGUACACGUAGGGGCUGUACUCUUCCUCCGUUUAGCCUGUUAACACUACUUCAAAGUUUAAGGUUUUCUCUUGGUUGUAGUUGCCUGGAACUGCAUUCUGAAUGAAUAAAGGCAAAGAAAAAUA